AUGUCGGUUUGCGUGAAGACACUCAACGGCUACACGCACAUUGUCCGCGUUGGCGAACGCGACAGCGUGCGGCAUCUGAAGGAGAGCAUCGAGGAAAGGUUGGGCAUGCCGUGCGAAGAACAGCGACUGUCGUUCGGCGGUAAUGUGAUGGACGAUGACUACAAAAGCAUCUCGGACUACGGUGUAGGCCCAGACAACAGUGUACACAUGCUGGUGCAGUCCCGCAGCGGGAUGUGCCCUAUCACCUUCAUUGAUAAGAGAUCUUUCGACCCAGCCUUCGACUACGACUUUACCGAUAAAGAUGACGGAGGAAAAUCAUUCUAUCGGGGUGGAGAAAGGCACUACCGUCCGUGUGGGUGGAUGAGACGUGCAAUCAAGGUGAGGGGUCGUUUUGUUGACGAUGAGGACGGAAGGGGCGACAAGUGGUUGGGUGAACCAGGUUAUCGAGAAAAAUCAAGUGAAGGUGAAUGGCCAGUUUCCUAUCAUGGGACUCCAAAGGAAAAUUCUGACAGUAUCACCACGAGUGGAUAUCUCUUGUCAAAGUCAUGGAGGUUUAAGUAUGGCCGUGGAAUCUACUCAGCUCCAUCUAUCACCACUGCAGCCGGCUAUGCCAAGUCCUUCCCCUUCAAGGGUGGUGACUACCAACUGGUGUUUCAGAACCGUGUGUGUCCUCGUGAUCUGGAGAAGGUUUCUGCCCAGAAAACGGGUUGCGGAGAGUACUGGGUUACAAAGAACCAGGAUAACAUCAGACCCUAUGGGAUUUGCACCCGAAAAGUGUAA